AUGGAGCCGUCGCCUCUUACCCAGGACUCGAGGCCCGAGAUCUUCCAGCCCAAGAUCAUCACCCUGUACGAGACGUUGUUCAAGGAAGAUGAAGAAGACACGGAUCUAUCUGAUGGCUUCUGGCAGGAAUUCUUCUUGCACCGCCCCGACUCGGCCGGUCUGAAGCGCAUACUCGACUCGGUCCCGCCCGACGAAAUGCUGCACCUGCAGUCGCAUUCGCAACAGCUCGUGCGCCGCGCCAUACAACGGGUGAAGCAGGGCCGGGCACCCGCCGACGAAGUCGCACUCGAGACCUUGACAGUCUUCCUAGAUGCUGCUCUUACCAAAAAGUACACCAACCCGAGCUCCGACGUCAUUUCUGUCCUCGCGGGGCUGAACGAUGCCGAUGCUGUUAUGACGGACUUUAUAGCGACGCUGGACACGGCGAUACGCAAUGGACGGAGCAUACCGUUGCGACUCAAGGCUGUCCGGGCCACGCUGUCCAUCACCGCUGCCGGCUUCCAUACUGCCCUGCCUUCGUACUUUACGCACCGCGAUCUGUUCCCUUCGCUCAUGAAAUACGUACAAGACUGUGACAGCACUGCUCAGAUAAUACCGGCCUUCUAUCUGCUCGGUCUGCUCACCAACUACAACAAGUUCGAGUUCCAGAACCCGUAUAGACUACGGUUGGACGACUUUGUCAACGAUGCCAUCAUACAGAAAAUUGUUAGGAGCUUUGGGGACACCUGUGUGAGAUUGAGGGAUGCGUAUGUUGCUGUCCAGGACGACUUGCCCGAGGGUUGGUCGCUGGGCUCGACGUUGAGCUACAUUGGCUUAGGCGCGCUUGCUCCUGGCUCGCGGCCCUCCACGCCCACGCCGGCUGCAGAUGAAACCAAGUCCUUGUUCGGUGCAUUACCAGGGCCGGAAGCCGGCAUCCUCCUUUCGACAUACGACUUUGCCAACGCGAACAAGGUCUUUUGCUUCAAUUUGGUCACAGUGCAGGCGGAAAAGAACACGGAUACUUCCCCGCUGAGCGCAUACCUCUCCUUGACAUCAUACCUGUUCCAGCACGCACACCGCUCUACAAGAGCAGCGCUAUACUCGUAUCUCAGCCUCUUCAUAUUACAAAUCUUGGUCGAAGAUCAAGCGCUCGUGAAGCGAAUGUGCAGCGAAGAAAGCAAGCUUUCGGUUCGGUUAUGCCGCCAAAGACAGCCAUACUUGCCUCUGGUAAAGGGCGACCGAGUGCCAAUCACAUUAGUACUGGACCUGAUGAUAGACGGCAUCAACCACAAUCUCCGGCGGCGCCUCGACGUCGACUUCUACAAUCUCUCCCUCGGCAUCCUCCUCCGCACCCUCUCCUUCCUCAGCCGCACAAAACUCCGCCUCGCAUACCACUGGUCCGAAGUCUGGCGCACCCUCCUCACCUUUGUGCGCUUCCUGACCACCUACGAAAGCGACAUCAAAUCCAACUACAAGUCCACCUCCAUGACCACCCUGCUAACCAACCUACUCGCCUUCGCGCUCUCUGCCGGCGAAAACUUCCUCCCCGACCCCGCCGCCUACGACGACCUGUUCUACAAACUCACCGAGUCGGGCGACGUGCUGGUCAAGUUCCGCGACGCGUUCGGCACCAGCGGCGCGCUGAACAGUCUGGUGAAUGUGUCGCGGCAUUACCAUGCGCUGCUCGAGGGCGAGGGCGGCAAGGGCAGGAGCAAAAACCUCAGUCCCAAGGAGGUCAGUGAUGUGAUUAAGCAGGGCUACGAGACGCUGAGUAUAGACACGACCGAGGGCCUGGACGCGUGGGACAAGUUCCGCGAGGCGGAUUUUAAAUCCGUGGUCAAGCGCGCGGCGAGGGUGGUUGUCGAGGAUGCGAAGGCGCUGGCUGAUGAGGUGUAA